AAAAAUCAGAACUUUAUGCCAUCAAACUGUGUUGUUUUUCUUUUUAGUUAAUGCAAACACAUCCUCCCUAUCACCAUAUUUGAGCAUCGAUCCCUCGUAUCUACAACAGGUAAACUAUUUUACAAUCCCAAUCAACAUUUUAGUACCGGUAAUAAAAUUUGUUAAAACUCUAAGUUAUUAUGUUAAUACACGGUAAUUUAAUUAUUUCCAGGGAAGUGGAGCAGAGUUUGUAUUUCCAACGGACCAGAAGAAAACACGAACGUGGGGCGAGAGAAUGUUCUCUGGUAUCGGAUCAUCCUAUCUCACAGGUUUGGUCCUUGGUGGAGGUUGGGGGUUCUACGAAGGUCUAAGAAAUCCAGAUGGCAAAACCAUGAAACUAAGAAUAAACAGGUUUUUGACCAUUUUAUUUAACCCCAUCGAGUGGCAGCACUCUCCCGUUGACAAGUAAAACCAUCUGGCGUUAGACAGAGUAAAUAAUAAAGUAAGGCGUAGACUGCAAGCGGUCCCUCCGUUCUCCUGAGGGACUGCUCUCAUUGUAAGUAAGGUAUGUUAGAGUGCAUUGUCACUUAAAGGAUUAAGGUUCAUUAUCCGCACAUAUCUUUUUAAUUUUUUAAGAGUUCAUUAAGAGAAUUAAGAAUUUAUGAAAUUUGUGUUUCAUUUAUUUAGCGUCUUAAAUGGUUGUACGAGAAGAGGCCCAUUUGUCGCAAACAAUUUAGGCGUUUUAGCAUUGAUGUAUUCCACAUUGGAUUAUGGGAUUGGUAAAUUACGAGACAAAGAGGACCAGUAUAAUUCGAUCGCUGCUGCCGUGUCAACUGGAGUGAUAUUUAAAUCAACAGGUAUAGGGAUUAAAAAUUAAAAUGAAGACAGAGUUUCUUUACAAAAGUGGAAAUCUUUUUAAGGGAAUGUUAAGCCUAUUUACACGAUACGGCUAUUCAUACACAAUUCUUAUCCUGGUGUAUGUACUUGAAUAAAUGAGUGUAAAGAUAAUGAACAGGAAUAGCGGGUGUCAACAGUAGUUUACUAGUUUUUAUAUGCCAGAAUACUUUUGUAUACAACUAGUCAUAUUGUGUUAAUGGUCCUCAAAUCAGGGUGCAUUGCCGCGGCACAUUGCCAUGGCAAUGUGUCUUACUUCAUUACUCCUCUACUGAAACUCUGGUUAAGAUGAUGUUUUCAUAAACCAAUGACAAUGCAUUGCCCUCUGUUUUCAGCUGGUGUCCGAGCUAUUGGUAUCGCGGCUGCCGUGGGAGGAAGCUUGGCUGUGAUGUAUAACUUUGGGGAAAAACUUUGGGCCGGCAAAGGCAGUAGUGUUAUAUCGCACCCCGGUUGGGCAUAAUUACAGAGUUCAAUGUCUGUAAAAUACUGAAGGGUAACCAGAAUACGAUAUUCUGUUCAAGUAAAAUAUUAUUUAUCAUAAAUUCAAAGUAUGGAACAUGGAUUGUAAAGUAUACAAAAUAACUUAAGCUGUGCGCACUAUGGUCUGUAUACAAGGUACUUUGGGCAGAAUAAAACUAUUCAACCUGCAGAAUCUAUUUUAAAAGUAUUAAUAAGCACCUCAUUUUUAAACUGCAAACUAUAAAAGUAUUACAGCUCGAACAGGCAAGCCGAGGCCGCUUUUGCAUAUUUUCAAACUGAGCCAAAACCAAUCAUCAGCGGGUUAUUUAGAGACUUUAGACCUAUGGCUAUGUCAUAAGUUCAUAACCGGAAAGUGUAAAAGUCGAUAUAACAUGCUGGUAAUUGGUUUUGGCUUAAUUUGAAAACAUCAAAAAUAUGCAAAAGCAGCCUCAGUUUGCCCAUUCGAGCUGUAAUAAGCAUCUCAUUUUUAAACUGCAAACUAUAAAAUUAUUAAUAAGCAACUCAUUUUUAAACUACCUCGUGCAGUGAAAAGUAAAAGCUUGCCAGGGCAACAGUGAUAUAUUCCCAAUUCAAGACACUGACUCAAUUGUCUUCUGACUCAAGUGGGUUUUUUCUUACUUUGUAUAUCCUGUACAAAUAUUGCAAACAAUAUUUUUAAUAAUAAUUACAUGACUUGCGAAGUUUCGAUUUUAUUAGUUAAUUAAAGUUAAUUAAUAGAUAAAUCUUACAACUUACAGAAAUUAAAAUUACCAUGAUAAACCUAACCUGGUUUCGUCUUUGGGGGAGGGUGUGGCCAUUAUGUGGCUCACCUCAAUAUUAAACUCUCUACAUAUCGAGAUAUUUCUGCACAUCUGGUGGGGGUUCCUGUUUUAUAUAGGGCGUGCGUGGAACAUGCUGUUGUUGUGUGGGCCAGCAAUGUGCGUUCAUAGGUGGUCCAUUGGGAAAAGCAUGACCUCCAGACAUCCAUGGUUGAGACCCUAGGUUUUGUGGUCCCAUCAUGACAUUUUGUGGGAAUUCCUGUUUUAUAUAUGAUGGUGGUCGUUCUUGUACCAUAGUAUGUGGUUGACCAAUAGGCCAGCGAUGUUCGUUCAUGGGGGGUCGAUUGGGUGGGCCAUUAUUUCCUGCCAUCCAUGGUUGGGGCCUACCAUCCCAAUUUUGUUGACGUGGUGGCGGGGGUUGGGCAAAAUUUUGAAAUGGUGGUCUAAACAUUCCAUCAUUUUGUGGAGGCGGUCCGAAAUGUGGUGGUCCUUGGGGCAUUAUGAAAUUCCUAAGUGGGGGUCCAAUUAAUGGUCCACCUUGAAACCUUGGUGGACAGGGUAAGUUUGGUUGGUGAAGGGGUGGUCCCAUGAGUGGUGGGGGGAAUGGUUGGUGUUGACCAUCCAAUUGAGAAGGGGGACCUCUUGGAUUUGAUGGUGGAAUUCUGAGGGACGGCGGUGGUAUUCUGAGGGGUGGUUUUUGGUCAGGUGGGACAAGUUGACCUGGCUGUUGAUGUGGUGGGGGAACAAAUCCACCUUCCUGUGAAGGUGCUGGGUAGACAAGCUGCUGACCUGUUUGCUGUUGUGGUGCAGUAACUGAUGAAUCUGAUUGUUGAUUUGCUGAGAGAAUGAGCAGAUGUCUGGGGGUUGGUUUUGUCUCAGGCUUUUUCCUGCACGGCUUGCAUGGCCUUUGCUUUUUGCUGCUGGUAGCAGCUUCAGUUGUUCCUUGAAGGAAAAAACAUUAUUG